CUGCGAGAGACACUGCACCACCAGUAAGUGUGUUAUGAGUUUGUUCUGAGACUUUUCUCAGACAUUUCAGAUGAACUUUAAAAGUAAUAAACUGGUAUAAAGUGCAAUAUAAAAAGUCCGUCAUUUGAUUCUAGCUGGGAACUUGGGUUGCACAUCAUCCCCACUUGCUCCCACGUUUGCUGUCAGUCUCAAAGGCAAAGAACUCUGCAUUAGGUUGAGUGGGACGUCUCGUCCUUUUUUUACUACUAAAAAUUUUUUGCAAACAAAAAAAUAAAGAGAUAAUCAUCAGUUGUGUUUAUUUUGACAUCAUUAUUUGAAUCCAUGCUAUGAGUAAAUGAGCCAGGGAUUUGUCUGGAGGGAUUGGUGCCACACUGGAAAAACUUCUUAGUUUCUAGUCUGUAAUCCUCGUGCUUUAAAUAUUUGUUAUUUCAUAACAAAACAUGCCCGGACACUUUCAGACCGUCUGAGCAUGUGUUUACUGACGACCUCUACAGUAACUAUCAACAUCAGCUCCACCGUGGUAAAGCAGAAGAUUACAUAUUUCUGCGCUACCUGAUGUCAACAGGCUCUCUCUGCUCUUAGAUCACUUUAAUAGCUGGUUCAAACAGCUGUGAUCUCUACAAUCUGCCUUUACUUUCCUCUUACUUAAAUCAUAGUAUUCAAACUGCUCCUCCGGCUCUCCUGACUUGUGUGCGUGUUUGUUUUGUACUCCGGGUAAGCUUAGGUGAGUGGAUCUUUUUAUAAUGAUUAGUUAAAGUGCACCACCCACCUGGACGACUCUAGUUCAUAAAGUUGUUCAUAAAGUCCAUAUCUCACCACCGCCACCACUCACAAACACCUACUUGUUACACAUUCCUCGUCUGGGACCCGCUGUGAUUGGUUGAUAUGCAAGGUGACUGGGGCUUAUUUUUCAUGACGGAAGAGUUAACUGGCUGCUUCGAGGUUCUUUGCUUUACUUUCUCUUCACCUGCCUCUCCUUCAGCGUGUCUUUGUUAGCAUAUACACUGUCUGUGUUUAGUAACUGAGUUCCCUGCAGCCCAGUAGGGAACUUUCACCUCCAUUGGUGUAUGUGACUCAGCAGCAGAGCACAGAAAAGGUAAGCGUUCUGACUGACCAGGUAGAGGCUCAGGGAGAGAAGAUCAGAGACCUAGAAAGUUCUCUGGAGGAACACCGGCAGAAACUGGCCUCCACAGAGGAGAUGCUGCAACAGGAGCUGAUGAGCAGGACCUCUCUGGAGACUCAGAAGCUGGAUCUGAUGGACGAGGUAUCGUACCUCAAACUGAAGCUGGUCAGCAUGGAGGACACAAACGCCAACUCACACCCACAAGAUCCCACGGAAACGGAGCAGAACAAAGCCGAGUGUGUGGUAAAUCUCAUCAGUGAGCUCCAGGAGCAGAUGUGCAGGUUUCAGGAGGAGAUCAGCACCCGCAUCCAGGAGAAACGGGCCCUGGAGGAGAGGGAGGCCCAGCGGGGGGAGCCCGGAGGCAGCCAAGCCCGGGGCAACAGCCCUCCGGUCGGGUUAGCUGGCUCGAACCUGAGCCUGUCUGGCUCUGAUGUCCGGAUGCACAAUGGAGGACAGACUGUACACGAUUUGCUACAAGAAGUGAAACAGCUGAAGAGCAAAGUGGAGGAGCUGGAGGGAGAGAAAUGCCAGUACGAGAGGAAACUAAGAGGCACCAAGUCGCUCAUGACCCAGCUGUCCAGCCUCAAGCUGACUGUGGAGCACACACAGCUGGAGAAGCAGCAGUGGGAGGAGCGCUGGCGCAGCGCACAGGCAGAAAUUUCAGAGCUGCAGCAGCUCCUGGCCUCCAAAGACGCUGAGAUCGAAUGCCUGCAGACCCAGCUGCUGGCCAGAGGCGGCACAGCCAAUGACAACGCAGAGAGAGACCAGGAAUACCAGAGGUUGAAGGUGGGGAUGGAGUCUUUGCUAGCUUCAAAUGAUGAAAAGGAUCGACGUAUAGAGGAGCUGACCAUCCUGCUUAGCCAGUACAGAAAGAUGAGGGAGGUCAUGGCCCUGACACAGGGGAGUAGUGAAGAGGAGCUGAGUGGCAGUUUAAGACUCAGGGCCGUCACACACAAAGCACACUCUGAUAUCCUCAGGUCAGAGAUGUCAUCAAGAGGGUCUUCUCCACUUAUGUUAUCCUCAUCUCCUUACCAGAGAGAAUUGGAAUCAAGCAUCCAGAACUCUAUGGACACAUCGUUGGUGUCCACUGGGGACAUAAGCUUUGUUAAUGGUUCAUGGCAUCAGCGCAGGUUGCUGUCCAGCAGUCUUGAAGAGUUGCAGAGUGGAUCCUUACAAAAGGCUGUAGAGUUCCAGCCAGUUGAAACUGAAUCAGAUGUAGGGGCAGAGAGUCCCCACAUGGAGUUGAGCAAGUACCAGACUCUGCCGGGAAAACUAAAAAGUAAAAAGAGCGAGCUGAGGGUUGAACUGAACGGCGACAGAGAGGGAGACGGAGAGUAUUUAUCUCCUGUCCGGCUUUCUCCUGUCCACAGCCACGACCAGGACUACAGUCUCAUUCGCUGCAGGAGUGCCAGUGCUCCGGCUUUGGGAUCUCCUGGGAAACAUGACCUCUAUGAUGUUGGGGGUCCAGAGAAACUAGAGGAGUGCGUUCUGUCAGACCAGUCCCCUCUGUCCUCUGGAGUGGACUCUGGACAGCAGUCCCCUGUCUCACCAGAGAACAGGAAGAGUCAAAGAGGCAUUAAGAAACUCUGGGGGAACGUUUUGGUUGCCCCCAGGAUUCGGCGCAGCCAAUCAGGUAGUCCUGCCCAGCUUCACGACCCCGAGCUGGGAGAGUUCAAGAGGGGAGGCUUCAGAGCUACAGCUGGACCUAGACUGGCCCGUUCAGGGAACACACGAGACCUGAAGACGCCCUUUUCUAAGUGGAGCACAGAGCAGGUGUGUGACUGGCUUGAGGAAACUGGACUCAGUCAGUACUGCAUCCCUGCUCACCACUGGGUCACCAGCGGUCAGACUCUACUGUCGGCCACCACGCAAGACCUAGAGAGGGAGCUGGCAAUGAAGAAUCCGCUCCACAGGAAGAAGCUCCGCUUAGCCAUCAAGACGUUCAGCAGCAAGCAGCCUGAGAAGUCUGCAGAGCUUGAUUACAUCUGGGUCACUCGUUGGCUCGAUGACAUCGGCCUUCCUCAGUAUAAAGACCAGUUUAAUGAUGGAAGAGUGGAUGGGCAGAUGCUGCAGUACCUCACUGUGAAUGACCUGUUAUUCCUUAAAGUGACCAGCCAGUUGCAUCACCUCAGCAUCAAAUGCGCUAUUCAUGUUCUCCAUGUUUCCAAGUUCCACCCUAACUGCCUCAAACGGAGGCCCAGCAAUGAGAACCAGUUCACUCCCAGUGAGGUGGUCCAGUGGUCCAACCACCGAGUCAUGGAGUGGCUGAGAUCUGUGGAUCUGGCAGAGUACGCACCAAACCUGAGGGGCAGCGGUGUGCAUGGGGGGCUGGUGAUGCUGGAGCCUCGGUUUAACUCAGACACUCUGGCCAUGCUGCUGAACAUCCCUCCUCAGAAAACACUGCUGAGACGCCACCUCACCACCAACUUCAACAACCUGGUGGGAGCACAAGCUCAGCAGGAGAAGAGGGAGUACACUGAGGCAGCGGGGUACACCCCACUCAGCAUCACAGCUAAAGUCAAGCCGAAGAAGUUGGGCUUCUCUAACUUGACUCACCUCAGAAAGAAGCGGCCGGAUGAAUCCACGGACUACGUCUGUCCAAUCGAGUCGUCCUCGCCUCAGUCAGGACAGUCUGCAGUGAACGGGGUACAGGUGCGGCCCUACGCCGGCUUCAGAGGCCUGAGCCCCAUCUUGGACCGAGAGCCAGACCGGCCCAGGGACCAGGUGGGCCUCGAAGACGAGCUGAAAAGCUGAUCCAUUCCCAUGACCACAAAUGUGACAACAAUAUGGCGAUACCGUGUUGUCACACUUUCCAUCAGCCAAUCAGCUGCCACUGCUUCUACUACUUUGCUUCCUUUGCUUGCGGCCCAUAAUACCUCAGCCCAUUCCCUCCCUGCUCCUCUAAUCCCCGCCCAUCAGCCCGACCCCGUGCCUUACGUGUGAACAGAUUCAGAGGCGUCCACAUGAACCUGCCUGACUGUUUUACAGUCACAGUUGCUUGUCACGAAGGGUGUACUGAGACGAUGAAUCAACACACUUGAAGUAUUUUGAUUUAAUUUCCAGAUGCCUCACUAACCCGACUUCAGCCUCAAACCUGUGCCAUGAUCUAACUCAUCAUGAGAGAACACAUCAACUCUCUGGACUCCAAUCACUUCCUUUAAUCCAUGCCGUAUAUUUGGAUAUCAUUUGUACAGUAUUAAGCCAACGUUCUAACAUUUGUGCACCACUAUUAGAUGAUUUUUUUGUGUGAGUCGGUCAUCACAUCAUUUACAACUUUGAUUUGUUUAAUACAGUUCUGUCACAUGGUUGAGAUGAACUUGUGCAAUAUUUGCAUAAUAAUAUGGAGGGGAUUUUAUUUAAUAUUUAUGUCAUUGCAGAGGAAAUGAUAAAUAGCAUGUUUCAUUUGAACCUGAGGUGGUGAUUUUGUACUGUUAUUUUCAUAUUUGCUGUAAUAGUAUUUUUAUAGUAAAGAAAAUCCUGCUCCACUAAAAGAAGCUUACAUGUGGUCAUGUAAAUGUAAAAAGAUUUAUCAAAUCAUUUAAUAAACAAAAUCAUACGUGUGUAAA